AUGGACAGUCUCAGCCUCGUGAGGAGUCGUCUCCUGCCACAAGUGGACAGUCUCAGCCUCGUGAAGAGUCGUCUCCUGCCACAAGUGGACAGUCUCAGCCUAGUGAAGAGUCGUCUCCUGUCACAAGUGGACAGUCUCAGCCUCAUGAAGAGUCGUCUCCUGUCACAAGUGGACAGUCUCAGCCUCAUAAAUAGCCGUCUCCUGCCAAUAGUGGACAGUCUCAGCCUCGUGAAGGGUCGUCUCCUGACACUAGUUGACAGUGUGAGCCUCAUAAAUAGCCGUCUCCUGCCAAUAGUGGACAGUCUCAGCCUCGUGAAGGGUCGUCUCCUGCCACUAGUGGACAGUGUGAGCCUCAUAAAUAGCCGUCUCCUGCCAAUAGUGGACAGUCUCAGCCUCGUGAAGGGUCGUCUCCUGCCACUAGUGGACAGUCUCAGCCUCGUGAAGAGUCGUCUCCUGCCACUAGUUGACAGUGUGAGCCUCAUUAAUAGCCGUCUCCUGCCAAUAGUGGACAGUCUCAGCCUCGUGAAGGGUCGUCUCCUGACACUAGUUGACAGUGUGAGCCUCAUAAAUAGCCGUCUCCUGCCAAUAGUGGACAGUCUCAGCCUCGUGAAGGGUCGUCUCCUGCCACUAGUGGAUAGUGUGAGCCUCAUAAAUAGCCGUCUCCUGCCAAUAGUGGACAGUCUCAGCCUCGUGAAGGGUCGUCUCCUGCCACUAGUGGACAGUCUCAGCCUCGUGAAGGGUCGUCUCCUGCCACUAGGGGACAGUGUGAGCCUCGUGAAGAGUUGGCUCCUGCCACUAGUGGACAGUCUCAGCCUCGUGAAGAGUCGUCGCCUGUCACAAGUGGACAGUCUCAGCCUCGUGAAGGGUCGUCUUCUGCCACUAGUGGACAGUCUCAGCCUCGUGAAGGGUCGUCUCCUGCCACUAGGGGACAGUGUGAGCCUCGUGAAGAGUUGGCUCCUGCCACUAGUGGACAGUCUCAGCCUCGUGAAGAGUCGUCUCCUGCCACUAGUUGACAGUGUGAGCCUCAUAAAUAGCCGUCUCCUGCCAAUAGUGGACAGUCUCAGCCUCGUGAAGGGUCGUCUCCUGCCACUAGUUGACAGUGUGAGCCUCAUAAAUAGCCGUCUCCUGCCAAUAGUGGACAGUCUCAGCCUCGUGAAGGGUCGUCUCCUGCCACUAGUGGACAGUGUGAGCCUCAUAAAUAGCCGUCUCCUGCCAAUAGUGGACAGUCUCAGCCUCGUGAAGGGUCGUCUCCUGCCACUAGUGGACAGUCUCAGCCUCGUGAAGGGUCGUCUCCUGCCACUAGGGGACAGUGUGAGCCUCGUGAAGAGUUGGCUCCUGCCACUAGUGGACAGUCUCAGCCUCGUGAAGAGUCGUCUCCUGCCACUAGUUGACAGUGUGAGCCUCAUUAAUAGCCGUCUCCUGCCAAUAGUGGACAGUCUCAGCCUCGUGAAGGGUCGUCUCCUGACACUAGUUGACAGUGUGAGCCUCAUAAAUAGCCGUCUCCUGCCAAUAGUGGACAGUCUCAGCCUCGUGAAGGGUCGUCUCCUGCCACUAGUGGACAGUGUGAGCCUCAUAAAUAGCCGUCUCCUGCCAAUAGUGGACAGUCUCAGCCUCGUGAAGGGUCGUCUCCUGCCACUAGUGGACAGUCUCAGCCUCGUGAAGGGUCGUCUCCUGCCACUAGGGGACAGUGUGAGCCUCGUGAAGAGUUGGCUCCUGCCACUAGUGGACAGUCUCAGCCUCGUGAAGAGUCGUCUCCUGCCACUAGUUGACAGUGUGAGCCUAACGAAGAGCCGUCUCCUGCCACUAGUGGACAGUGUGAGCCUCAUGAAGAGUCGUCUCCUACCAUUAGUGGACAGUCUCAGCUUCGUGAAGAGUCGUCUCCUGCCACUAGUGGACAUCGUGAGCCUCAUGAAGAGCCGUCUCCUGCCACUAGUGGACAUUCAUUCUCAGCCUCGUGAAGGGUCGUCUCCUGCCACUAGUGGACAGUGUGAGCCUUGA